AUGAGUUGGACCGGGGCUGACUGGACCACCCAGGAAGUUAAGCACGCUCAGCUAGACACUGCCGACAUGUUGGCCCAGCUCCAAAGGUUCACAGUCACCCAGUCAGAACUAGCAGAGCCCAGGCGAGAAAAACGAUUCCUUGGGGCGCUACUCUCAAUGGGUGCAGCCGUAGGGUCACUAUUUGCUCUAGGUACCACUGCCGUCAACGCAGUCAGUCUAGCCACGGUCAAAAUAAAUGUUAGGGAGAUUACUGAAGAGAUGCCAAUUAUCCAGCAACAGAUGCAAUCACAGGCACUCAGGUUUCAGCAUGUGGGAAGGUCUCUCCAGGACACUAUUCUGGUGGUAAACACACACGCUACUCUCCUGAACAAAACCCUCCUGUCGGUAGGCAAGCUAGUAGAGGUCAUGAACCAUGACUAUGCCCAUGUCCAAUUGGUUUGAUGAUUGUUGGAGGAUUUCCUCCGUGAAGUUAGCUCUUCUAUGGACCACUUGGACAUGAAUAGAAUCCCCUCAUAUCUAGUGCCCUCUCAAAGGUGCAAAACAUAUUGACCUCAGCUACCACAACCAUGAUAAAGCCAUUACUGUCACACCUGGCCUAUAGUCUGGUGUCUGCAAUUCCAAUACGUUGAUGUUAGUCGAAAUGAAGUGGGAUUUUUACUGACGCUGCCGGUUGUUGAACUGGAGAAUAUAUAUAGGUUGAAAACAGUUCUAAACAUAGGAUUUUGGUGCGACAACACCCAUGAGAAAAUCACCACACCUCCAGUCAUAGCUUAUCAGGAACACAAUCCAGAUUUCUAUCUCACCCAUAACUUGUUAAUGUGUACUCUAACCAAAGACGUCCACUACUUGUGUCCUAUCAAACCCUUCGUCAGGGAUAACACUGAGCGCCUUUCUGGCCUUAAGCCUAUCACCAGUGAAGAACGC